CCGAACAACCACCCUGCCACCGCUGCCUGCCACGGUGCCCGACGACGAGUGACUGAGUCCUCCGAUUAUUAUCUCAUUUGCUGGCACGAGCACCACGCCACGUUACCGUCGCCCACCAGGAUCCCCGUGUAGAUCCUUGCUUCCGUGGAUCACCGAGAAGAACCACCCCGGAAACCAUCAACCUGUCGCCUCGUGUACAGUGAAUCGUCCCCUGAACGAGGAGCAGAAACAUGACAACGACCACGGGUGAUCCCUCGACUCUGAAGAGUCCAGCCUCGUUGUCCGGCGGCGACCUGGUCUCCCGCNNNCUGGCGGCUACACCGCCCUACUUGUACAACGUGCCCUUAACGCCGCACAGCUUCUUCUUCAGCGAGAUGUUGCGCUCGUUCGUGCAGGCGAAGAGCGAGGUGUCGUCGGCCAGCAACACGUCGACGAGCGCCCCUCGCCGCCGCAAGAGAUCGUGGAGGGACGCUCGGGAUCGGCCGUUGGAGUUGACCACGAAGGAGAGGCAGCAGCAUCACCAUCAUCACCACCACCAUCACCAUCACUCUCAACAACAACAGCAACAACAACAACAACAACAACAACAACAACAACAAUCGACGAUAGACAAAUACUUCCAACAUGGCCAACAGCAGGCGGAGACGAGAUUGGAGAACGGAGGCAAGAGCGACGGCUACGACCCGGCCAGCAAAGUGGGCAACUUCGAGCAGAAGCCAAGCUUCGACAUCUUGAAACCGGUUGACGAGAACAAGAGUGAAUUCGGGAAGCAGAGCAAGUGUUUCUUCGACGAGAGGCCGCGCCACUUCGAGCAGGCCCAACCGCCCGAGACGAUGUUCCCAGGCGAGUUGCACAAGGUGAAGCCGGAGGAGACCCACUCGGGCGAGCGCAAGAGUUGCAAUUACAACGACAGAAAUCAUCCGUACGACGAGCGCGGCGCGAAGGGGAAUCCGAUAGGGAAUCAAGACUUACCCCCCCUCCUGUCGGAUCAGAAGAAGCUCGAUUUCUCGAGGAAUUUUCUCCCCGGCCUUCCACCACGGGGCUGCGAGAUGCUCCCAUCCGUGAAAGGAUUCGGCCUACCAGGGAACGUGGCCAACCCGGAAUUCCUCCCCGGCCCGCUUUGGUACCCGCCCUACCCAAUCCCCCAAUCCUAUCCAGGCAUCGACCCCUUGCACUUUUUCAUCGAUCUUCGCGUGUCCGGCCACAUUUGGGACAGGAAGCUGAGCGAGAGGCAGCUCCCGUUCAAGGGGAAGCAUUGCUCGGCGUUCAGCGUGCCCCAGUCCAAGGAGUACAACAGCAACAGACCGUUGAACUUGACGAGGGACGAGGCUGGCACGUCGAAGAGCGGCGAGGAAAAUCCACGCGGCACCAAUUACAUCCUCAGACAUCUGACCAGGACGUACAGGGACAUCGGCCAGGCGAGGAAAGGAUCAAGGAGCGAAACGUCGGGAUCCGGGGACAGCGAGGAUAAUUCGAAGGACGUUGAUAACAAUAGCGAGAGGUCCCCGAAGCAGGAGGACAUCGCGGUUGCCUCGACGAGCCCGGAAGAGGAGAGGAAAGAUCUUCGAGCGUUGAUAGGGUUGGAGUUGGUCGUGGAUUACGUGAAAGAGCCGAAGGGGGAUACCUCGAACGAGCAGAGUUCGCAAGUAACCGAAUAACUCGUGAAAAUCGAACCAUCCUUUUUUUCGUUAUCGCCUGUAUAAAUUAGCAUGUAGCUUACCGACACUUUUACCGACCUACCGGCCUGAUUUUCACUCGACUACUUCGUCGUUCAUAUAGAGAGACAGACUUAAAA